GCAGAGCACGAGCCAUCGGGUUCCACGUCUUCGUCUUGGAGGCUCACUUCCAUCGAGUUUUCUAGAAUGACCUCAACCGCCCCCCGCCCGUCUCUCCCUCCUCCCUCGUCGGACUCCGACUCCGAUGCCGACUCUGAUUCCACUCCUACUGCCGCCGGAGCCGAAAGCCUCCGCCACAACGACCUCUCUGACUCAAUCUUCCGAUCCUAUAUCGAGCUCUCCGGCGUAGCCUCGCCGGACCUUUCCAAGAUCCGGUCCUUUCUCACCUCGUCCCGCUCCGGCGCCCUCUCCUGCCUCAUCUGCCUCGAGCGCAUCCGGAGCUCCGACCCGACCUGGUCCUGCUCCUCCCGCUGCUUCGCCGUCUUCCACCUCCUCUGCAUCCAGAGUUGGGCUCGCCAGGCCUGCGACCUCGCGGCCGCCCGCGCCGCCACUCGUCUCCCGAUCUCCGCCUCCCAAGCAGCCGCCAACUCGCUCUGGAACUGCCCCAAAUGCCGCGUCGACUACUCCAGAUCCCUGAUCCCCAAACACUACCUCUGCUUCUGCGGCAAACUCCAGGAUCCCCCUAGUGACCCCUGGAUUUUGCCCCAUUCCUGCGGCGAGAUCUGUGAUCGGCCAUUGAAGCACAAUUGCGGUCACCAUUGUUUGCUUCUCUGCCAUCCCGGCCCGUGCCCUUCCUGCCCCAAGCUGGUAAAAUCCCGCUGCUUUUGCGGCGCCGUCGAGGACGUCCGCCGAUGCGGAUUCAAGAACUUCUCCUGCAACGGCGUGUGUUCGAAAUUGCUUGAUUGCGGGACUCACCGGUGCGGCGAGACUUGCCAUGACGGCGAAUGCCCUCCCUGCCGGGCUCGAGGGAUUUAUAGGUGCCAAUGUGGGAAAGUGGAGGAGGAGAAACAAUGUUGCGAUCGCAGUUUUCAAUGCGAUGCUCCGUGCGAGAGAAUGCUGGGAUGUGGGAAGCAUUUGUGCAGCAAAGGGUGUCAUUCCGGGGAUUGCGGCCAGUGCCCGCUGCAGGGCAAGCGUACUUGUCCGUGUGGCAAGAGAAUCUAUCAAGGGAUGGCUUGUGAUGUCGCCUCGCCCCUUUGCGGAGCGACUUGCGAUAAGAUGUUGAGUUGUGGUUUUCACAGUUGCCCGGAGCGCUGCCACCGCGGACCCUGCAUUGAGACUUGCAGAACUGUUGUCACCAAGUCUUGCCGAUGUGGGAGCUUGAAGAAAGAGGUUCCUUGUUAUCAAGAUUUGGUAUGUGAGAGGAAGUGCCAGAGGGUACGAGAUUGUGGGCGCCAUGGCUGUAAGCGCCGCUGUUGUGAUGGGGACUGUCUGCCAUGUUCAGAGGUUUGUGACAGGAGGCUUAGGUGUAAGAAUCACAAAUGUCCCGCUCCAUGUCACAGAGGUCCUUGUGCUCCUUGCCCAGUGAUGGUGAUAAUUUCAUGUGCAUGUGGAGAGACACACUUUGAGGUUCCUUGUGGCACUGAAAAAGAGCAAAAACCCCCCAAAUGUCCCAAACCAUGCAGUAUCACUCCUUUAUGCAGGCACGCACCAAUUUGCAAGCCACACAAAUGCCAUUAUGGAGCUUGCCCCCCAUGUCGGCUAAUUUGUGAAGAAGAAUUCCCUUGUGGCCACAACUGCAAAUUAAGGUGCCAUGGUCCAAAGCCUCCUCCAAAUCCGGAAUUCACAUUAAAGCCAAAGAAAAAGAAGUCUAAUUAUCAGACUGAAUGUACACCUGGCUCACCAUGUCCUCCUUGUCCAGAACUAGUAUGGAGGGCUUGUGUUGGUGAACACAUAGGAGCAGAGAGAAUGAUGAUUUGCUCAGACAAAGCAGAAUUUUCCUGCAACAAUCUGUGUGGAAAUCUUCUUCAAUGUGGCAACCAUUAUUGCACUAAAACUUGCCAUGCCCUUAAGAGUCAGUUUUCAUCAUUGGGUCAGCGCAGGAGAGCUGAAUCCUGUGAAGAGUGUGAUCUUCCUUGUCAAAAGGGGAGACAGCUUUCAUGUCCACAUCCUUGCCCCCGGCCAUGUCAUCCUGGGGAAUGUCCCCCUUGCAAGGUGCUGAUAAAACGGUCAUGUCACUGCGGUUCCAUGGUCCAUGUUUUUGAGUGCCUAUACUACAACAGUAUGUCUAAAGAGGAGCAAAUGACUGCCCGUUCAUGUGGAGGACCUUGCCAUAGAAAGUUACCCUACUGCACGCAUCUAUGCCCAGAGAGAUGCCAUCCUGGUCAAUGCCCAGCACCUGAGAAGUGCUCUAAAAAGGUUACUGUUCGUUGUGGAUGCCAAACCUUGAAAAAGGAGUGGCUAUGUCAAGAUGUUCAAGCAGCUUAUUGUAGUGCUGGUACUGAUCUGAAAGAUAUAUCCAAAAAUCAAUAUGGAAUGGGAUUCCUUCCUUGCAAUUCAGAUUGCAGAAGUAAAGUAAAGGUUGCUGAACCAGAGCUGCAACACCGUAAAUCAAAAAUCGUUGAGGAACCAGAUGCUGGAAAUCAUGUUUCAAAACGGAGAAAAAGACGUGAAAGGGCCAAGGAAACCAAGCAAAUUUCAAGACUUCAGAGAAUUACCGCUGCUAUGUGGAGGCUGUUUCUGGUCGUUACCCUUGUGUUAGUGCUUACUGCAGCAAUGUAUUACGGUUACAAGGGUUUGUUGUGGCUCUCUGAUUGGAUGAAUGAAGUAGAAAGGCAAAGAAUACGAUACCAGCGAAUCUGAUCAAACUAUUUAUACUUUAAAUUGGAGUUAUCUCAAAUGCAGAGGUCAGUGGGUUCAAUAUUUGCUGGAGUUGGUCUCUCUUCAAAUAAUAUUUUUUCUUGGGUUUGUAUUGUUUCUUGUUUUCUUUUGUUCUUCUGAAGCUGGAUUGAAUUUGGCUCUGCACCAUAUAUGUUCUGGAAGUUUGAAUUUAGUUGCCUUUUUGACUUCUUAUCUGUAAAUGACAUUAUGUGUCUCUGCUCAAUUGCAUAAAUUUUGUAGUAGAAAUACUAAUUUGUCUGCACUAAAGAUUAAUAUUCAGGUUUUUUAUGAUGGUUUUUUUUUUUUUUUUUUUGUGGCUGGAAGUUUGUAAAAAUAUUUAUGCUCGAACAAUUAUAGAUAAUUAGAUGAUACACCAGAAGAAGUAUUGAAUUUGG